CGGACCGAUACCGGGAUUUUUUAUUUUUCGCUAUUCUGAUUUUCGCUGUUUCGUACCGAAUUCCCUUGAGGUGAGCUUAUCAUGGAAAGUUCUUAUAUGGAUUUAAUCCCAAUCAUAUCAAAUGAUAGAAAAGAGAAAUUAAUUACAGAUUAUUUUGCUGAGCGUUCAAUAGGCCUAAUAGAAUAUGUUAAUACAAAUCCUGGAUUUAAGGCAAUACUUAAGGAAAGGUACUCUGAUUUUAUCGUUAAUGAAAUAGAUUGGAGUGGCCAUGUAAUAGAAUUAACUGACUCUACUAUUCCAAUUAUAAAUCCUAACGAGAAUGAAGAAAUUUUAGGAUUUAUAGAAAAAUGUGAAUAUAUGACAACAGAAAUUGAGAAUCACUUAAUUAUAAUGAAUCAACAGAAAAAUAUAGAUGAUAUAUUUAAAAUUAAUGUAACAAAUUAUGAUAAAUCAAUACGUACUAUGAUUCAUAAAUACAUACGUAAUUAUUUUAAAGAACUUAGAAGUAAAACAGAAGAUCAAAAUAAUGAAAAAUAUAUAAUUAUUUUUCAUAAAAAAAAUAAAGAGAUGGAAUCAAACAAUCAACAAAAUGAUAAUAGAAAUAUUCCCAAAUAUUUGCAUUUUGUAUUAUAUAAAGAAGGUAUUGAUACCAUCCAUGCAGUUAGCAAGAUCAGUAGAUUAUUAGGCAUUAAAUCAUCACGUUUUUCAUAUGCAGGUACCAAAGAUAAAAGAGCAUUGACAACUCAAAGGAUGUCCGUUUUUAAGGUGGAAGCUAAGAAAUUAGCUGGAAUUAACAAAAUUAAUAUUAUUAUACCUAAACCUUCAAUCAAUGAAUUACCCGAGGCAUAUGAUAAUUUAGAAAAAACAAAUGUGGGGUCUGAAGUUAUUAAAGGAUCUUUGAAAGUUGGAAAUUUCAAAUAUAGUCAAACAUCUAUAAAUCUGGGUCAACUCUCUGGCAAUCUAUUCAAUCUUAAACUAAGGAAUCUAAACUUUUCUCCAUACACAUCCGACUCUUUGUCUUUCCUUUUCGAUUCCUUAUCUCAAAAUGGGUUUAUCAAUUAUUUUGGUCAUCAAAGAUUUGGCACAAAUGGAGAUACCUGGAAAAUAGGGAAACUUUUGUUAUCAAAUAAGUUUUCCGAGGCCUUAAAUGCGCUUUUGGACCCUGAUAAGGAUGUCAAGAUGAUACCGGAAUUGAGGCAGUUUAUAAAGGACUGGAGAAGCAGAAAUCUUGGCCUAGGCAAAAAAAAGAUUGGCAAUGAUAAAAUAAUCGAUAUAAGUUUAAAUUUGGAGGUUGUUAGGAAAGAUGAUCAAAAUAUAGAUUCAAGUUGUUACUCUUCAAUAAUAUCCGGCAUCGAGAUCGCUGAGCAACCAGCAAGUUAUAAUAACGCAAUCAAGGUCCAAAAGGAUAUCCACAUUGGAUGUAAAAUAGGCCAAGAUAAAACUUUUGUUGACUCCUCUGAUACAAAUGGCAAAGUGGGCGAGGAGAAAAAUGUUAGUCAGCAUUCCCUUUCUGUUGAAGAAUUUGAUAUAGAAGAUAAGGCAAAAAUUUUCACAGGACAAAUUAAUACUGAUCUCAAUAGUUUUAAAAUUGAAAGUCUUAACCAGCCUUUUUCACAAUGGGAGAGUUUAAACGAUAACAAAAAUCAAGAAGAAACCACGAAAGAUCAUCACCCUACAUUCGUACCUAAAAAAAUAGCAGACAGUUUGGAAUAUAAACUCAUAAAGGCUUUAGAUCUGUAUGGACCCAAAGACCCUCUCAAGAUCUUUAACACAGCUUUACAUAGGAAUAUGCGACUCCUAUUUGUUCAUGCUUACCAAAGUUAUAUAUGGAAUAAAGUUGUUUCCGAAAUACUAUGCUUAAGAAGGAAGAGGAUUGCAAAUUUGGAUGGAAUGGAUAGAUGUGAAUACGAGAUAAAAGUCGGGGACUUGGUGUUUAAGACUGUCUCUGAAGAUGAACCCGCUCCGACUAAAAAGAUUAAAACUGAUACCCCACUUUCUUUCAAAAAAGAUGACAAUAAGAAUACCUUUAAAACUGACUCAAGGACGAAUAAUCUCAAAUCACGAGUUAUUUAUGUUACCGACGACAAUAUAUCUCAAUAUUCGUUCAAAGAUAUCGUUUUGCCAUUGCCUGGUUAUGAAAUUUUUUACCCUAAAAGUCAAGAUAUCUUAGACCUUUACCGAAAAUUUAUGGGAGCCGAUGGUUUGAGGUAUGAGCACAUGAAAAGAAAGGUUCCGGAAUUUUCGCUCUCUGGAGAUUACAGAAGAAUAAUAGAAUUUCCUAAAAAUUUAGAAUGGCAUUACAUAAGAGGCGAAAGUGAGGUGUCAGAUUAUAUAGAUUUAAAAUUUUCUCUACUAGCCUCAUCUUAUGCCACGAUGUGUAUCAGAGAAUUAACUAAGCAAACCGCUCAAGAAAUGAUUCAUUUAUAGAUUACUUAUUUUAUAUAUCAAUUUAUAAUAGUAAUAAA